GUUAUUAAGAGGUGAUGGUAGCAUAGAUAUGUUCAGCAAUCAUAAUCAUUACUUACUAUUGUUUCAAUGCAAAGAUCUUACUAACAAAGUUGAAGUUGAUUUUAUUCAAGAUUUUGAAAGUGUUGUAUCAAGAUUUGAUAAGCAAACUACAAUCAGAAUUUAUAUUACAUCAGCAAAGGAUGGUUAUUCGAGCAGUGCUAUAGGAAAAGCUGAAUCAUCUGAAUACCAUUUACUAUUAAUAAACAUACAUGAUCUGUGUUAG